AUGGCGAAACUCUUGGCCCAGACCCGCAUGAAAUGGUUUCCGAUCGACCUCCCAGCCGCGGACUCCUUCAAGGACCAAGCCAUCGUCAUCACAGGCGGUACAGGCGGACUAGGUCUCGCAGCCGCCGUGCACUUCGUCAACCUCGGGGCCACCGAAGUCAUCAUCACAAGCCGCAACGCCUCGCGCGGCAAAUCUGCCCUCGCGACCAUCGAGCGGGAGACAAAUGGCCGCAGCAAGGGUGUCGUCCGCACUCUAGACCUCGACAUGAACCGGAACGCCUCGAUCGUCGCGUUCGCAGACGAAGUCAAGAAGUUGCGCGCCGGCCGCGGCGGCAUCGAUUUCGUGCUGCUCAACGCGGGCCUCAUCGGCGUCGAGUUCACGCCCGCGGACGAGGGCUGGGAGCAGAACCUCCAGGUCAACACCCUCGGCACCGCGCUCCUGGCGCUCCUGCUCCUGCCCUGGAUGAAGGCCGAGCGCGCCAACCGCGCGUCGCCCGCGCACAUGGCGGCUAUCGGCUCCGGGCAACACCUGGACCCGGACAUCCAGACGUGGGCGGCCUGGUCGGCGGAGGGCGUCCUGGCACACUACAACAAGCCUGCGAAUUGGCCUGGUGCGCAGGUCAUGUAUGCCACGACGAAGCUGCUACUGCAGUCCGCGUUCAACGAGCUGGCGGAGCUGGCGGUUGGCGAGGACGGUCGGCCAGAGGUCAUACUCAACACCGUGUGCCCCGGCAUCGUCAAAACCGACCUCUCGCGUGGCUACAAGAAGGCGAGUUACGCCUUUGUGGUUCUCGCGGGCGUGUUUACGGGCUUGUUUGGCAAGUCGCCAGAAAACGGCGCGCGGGCCAUCGUACAUACUGCGCUGACGAAAGAGGGCGAACAUGGCAAGUUCAUCCGCUUCUACGGAUCGGAGACUGAGUACAGAGAGAGAGCGGAUGCAGUCAUCUAUGGUCAGGCUGGUAAGAGGAUGCAGGCUCAAGUGUGGGCCGAGAUGACGGGCGAGCUGGCAGCAAAAGUGCCCGAGGUCCGGAACGUACUCGGUCCGCUACGAUGA